AUGAAGUGGAGGAACGAGGGAGACUACGAGCGCAGUCCUGCAGUGCGUUUCCUGCGAUUGAGAGAAGUGGAAGCACUUGGCCUUCUCGAUGUUUCCUCGACUCAGAAGUCCAUCCCGUCAGUUCUUGCUCUGUGUUGGCAACGCAUGCACCCGAGGAACUUGAAGCGUCUUUUUCGUCCUUCUCUUCUCCCCAGUUUGAGACCUUCGAAAAGGCAUCUGCAUGCGCGCGUCGCGACCUGCCUUCUCCGAAUCGAACGCGACCGAAAGCGGGAGACGCGCGGCGCAGUUGUGUAUCUAUUUUUCGUAGUUCUGUAUAUCCUUUUUACCGUAAUCGUUCUGUUUCGGAUAGGCGGUACACCGCGGGAGCAGAGGAGAUACUGUCAGGGGAAGGAUUUCAAGCAGCUGUGCUCGAUUGCUGCAGACGCAUGCGUUUUUCGAAAGGACGCGCCUGGAGAUCCGUUUACUAGACAAGAACGCGAAAGUGAAGAAUGA